AUGGAGGGCUUUGAUACGAUGGCGGUACCGCCGUAUCUGGCUAGCCCGUUAUCAUUGGGGAACUUACAGGGUGCGGACUAUUUAAACGCGAUGUCCAGUCUGGACAUGCCGGACCAUCGGUCCAACUUCGACACGGAGACAUUUGUGAGCGAUGACCUCGCAUUCGCCCCUCCCGGUCUGUCGCAUCAACUACGGCCCUUUCCUUCAGUGUACGAUGACCCUUUCAACGAGAUGGUGGCACCCUUUGAAGCCGCGCCUCAGGAACAACCCCAGGACUCGUCAAUCGACCACAACAACAAAUUGCUGAGUUUCUCAAUGCCCGUAUAUCACUAUACGCUUCUCGACUACUCCGUGCGCCGGGCCUCGCUAUCGGUGUCGGCGCAGUUACAUGGAAUGUUCUUUCUGGCCGAAUCACCCUAUACAACAUCCCCGUCGGAAAACGCCCCGCCGCAGCAAGGCGCCGAGUUGACGUGCUACCGUCGCAAUCUGUUUCAGAUCACCGGGUCAGUUACCUUGCCGCGCGGGCUGCGCUACAUUAUGACCGACCAGGGCCGUAUCCCGAUCCUCGCCCAGGAACUUACCGUGUCAGCGACUGAAUCAGUGGAGGGUAACUCGGUCAAGAUUAUCUCAGUGCCUUGGAAGACCCCCUCGGCCGCCGCCGCCAACUCGGGCAUUGGGCCCGAGGAGAACAACCCGGGUACCGGCGCCAAGAUUGAGAAGGAACCGCCCCCGAUUCCCCUCGACAUCAUGGCCGGUCAAGAUUUGGACUCCGACUAUGCGACGUUCCCGAUUGCCUGGAAACGCCUGCAGUUCCGAGUCGCGACGGCCAACAAUGGCCGCCGCAAGGAACUCCAGCAGCAUUUCGUCGUUCGGCUCAAGGUGGUGGCCACCUUGUCCACCGGGGCGAAGAUCCCCAUCUCGGAGGUCCAGUCGGGUCCCGUUAUUGUCCGUGGCCGCAGCCCACGCAACUUCCAGUCCCGCAAGGAUCUACCUCUCAGCGGCAGUGCCGCUGCCUCCCGAAAGAAUGCCCAAGCCAGCUCGGCCAGCGCCCUGAAUCGCACACCCACCAGCGAGUCCAUCGGCCGUCGCGCCAGUGUGACCCCGGCCAAAGCGAAGCCAGCCGCGCAAAGUAGCUCUCCGGAGACCGCCUCAGUUCCCCCGUCCAAUAUGAUGCAGACUCAAGCGACCCCGGAUUGGACGCCCAUCCCCCAAUCGACCUCAAACAACGUCAUAUCCCAUUCCCAGUCCAUGUUCCCUCACUCGAGCCCGGAGCAACUUUCCCAAGCAACCGACUCCCAACGGCGCGUGAGUUCCACUGCCGCUGCGCCAAUCAAUUUGUCCCUGCUAGAUGAGGAAGACGGCGGAAAUGCCCUCCAUUUCGACCAGAAGAUGGUCUCCCCCUUUACCGCUGAGCUGCCACAGCAGCGAACCCUCGGCCUCGACCAACCCGCGCCCCCCUCCAAGAUGCGCAAGCUGUCUCAUGCCGUUUCCCAGACACCAUCACGGAGCGUGGCUUCCUCCAUGCCACUCUUGGAAACUGCCAAUAUUCCCCAGCCUUACGCCUCAGGGCUCCCCUUCUCCAACGAAAGUACAGAUCUACUCUACGAGUAUUUCCCUCUGGGCCUGGAUGACUGGCAAGCCCCCGUGGACGCGGUCUAUCGCCCGCAUGUGGUGCAUCACACUAAUACGCCAGAGAUGAAAUUUGUGGCCUCGCGGGGUCGCAGCAAACGGUACUUUGCUGCUGAAGAUGUGUUUUAA